AUGUCUCAUGCCGUCUGCCUCGCCGCCCUGCAGCGCGAGGGGCACCACGGGCCCUCCGCGUGCGUGUGUGUUUGUGCAAUUGUGCGAUUUCUCCUUGCACGAUUAUUCCUUUCUUUUUUAAUUUCUUUUUUCUUUGCUUCUUUGCUUCUUUCCUCCGCCGUCCGCGUGGGCGCGUGCCGCCUCCACGCAGAACAGAGCGCGUGGGUCAUCGUCGUCGUCUUCGGCGGCGGCGGCGGCGGGGUUCGGAUGGUGCACGUGGAGCUCACAUGUGCGGCGAUUCGCCUCACACCGGUGUGGGUGUGUCUGCUGGCGUACUACCAGAAUGGGGAGUGGCCGACGCAGCUGCAGGCGCUCGUUCGCGUGAUGGACUACGGCUUCUCCGUCGACGCCUUUAAGCGCAGGCCGAUUGUGCUGCUGACGCACCUGUUUGUGCACGCCAACGACUCCCACCUCCUUGGGAACCUCUCCGCACUCACGGCGACCCUCGUCGAGUUCGGCGGCCCCUCCGUGGUGGAGAACGUGGAGGAGGAGAGCGCCUGGGUCUCGCUGCGGCGCACGCUUGGCUCGUUCGUCGUCCUCGUCGGCGGCGGCAUCGUGGGCGGCAUCGGCGGGCAGCUGCUGUACAACGACGCCCAGCUGGCGCGGCGGCACAGGCGGUGGCUUUCGCUGGCGGGGGUGCAGGAGGGGGCGGGCGGCGGCGCCGUGGACGGCGUGCUGCGGCGCGUGCGCAACUGGGUGGACCGGAUGAACUACAAAAUAGACAAGCGGCGGACGGACGCCGUCUUCAUGUGCGGCGCCAGUGCCGGCAUCUGCUCCCUGGCCGGCUUCAACGCGGCGUACUACCAGCGGUGGGGCACCGCACUCGCGAUGGUGGUGCCCGAGUUCGUCGCCGUCGUCUGUUCGCUGCUGCGCCCGCAAGCGGAACUCGCCAGCGCCGCGUGGCUGCCGGCAGGCGAAGUCGUCGGCCACGCGGCGCACAUUGGUGGGUUUACUGUCGGGGUCUGCAUGGGUCUCGCCUGGCGUUGGCUGUCGGGCGUCUAUCGCAGCAGGACGAAAAGGCGGCAGAAGCCAAAGAAUUUGUAG